GCGUGCCGCCCGUGGGAGGCGGCGGCGUCCAGGGCAGGGACGGCCGGAGCCCGGCCGGGGCGUCCCCCUCCCCGCCUCCCGCGGCCGGGCAGGGCGAAGCGGGUCCCGCGGGGGAGCUCCCCGCCUCACGCCUUCCUGGCCCCUCUUUCUUCCCCAGGCCUGCGGGGUCCAUAAAAGACCCCGCACGGCAGCGCCCGCGGCUGCUCCCUUCCCGGCGGGCGGCGGGCCGGGCCGCGGAGGGCCGGGCCGGACCGGGCCGGGGCGGGGCGGGGCGGGGCGGCGGGGAUGCCCCGGCCGCCGGCGGGGCGCUGCCAGCUCCCCCCUGUGCAGGUCCUUCGACCCGAGCCGCGCCGCGGCCGCAAGCAGGGAGGAGUUAGCAGGGAAUAAUCGGAAACGGGGUGGAGAGCAGCAGCUGCAGAAACAUUAAAAGCACCGAGCCCCCGGCCCGGCCGCUGGAGUCGCUCCGCGGGCACGCAAGAUGCGCAGGGCCGAUGGGGGCUCCGCGCCGCGCUUGAGCGAGGGCUGCGGUUUCUGAGGCUGUGCGGCAGCGCCAGGCAGGCUGCGGGGCCAAGGAGCUGCGGAGCAGCCACCGGGUUUGCGCUCAGCGUCACCGUCCGGUGGCCGCUGGGGAGGCGGCGCCCAGCCGGGCACCAUGAGCUCCGGCACCACCGCCCCGCUGAAGGUCGUCGGCAACCUUGCCAGCACCGAUGUCAACUAUGUCAUCAAAGAGCAUUAUAAUUACACAGGAAAGCUAAAUGAGAACACGGACAGUGGAAUAAAAGUGACGUCGGUGGUUUUUAUCAUCAUUUGCUGCUUUAUAAUCUUAGAGAACAUUUUUGUCUUGCUCACCAUCUGGAAAACCAAGAAGUUUCACAGACCCAUGUACUAUUUCAUUGGGAACUUGGCUCUUUCAGACUUGCUGGCUGGUGUGGCUUACACUGCCAACCUCCUGCUAUCUGGACACAAAACCUAUAGCCUCACCCCCUCCCAGUGGUUUGUAAGAGAAGGCAGCAUGUUUGUUGCCUUGUCAGCUUCUGUGUUCAGCCUGUUGGCCAUUGCCAUUGAGAGAUACAUCACCAUGUUGAAGAUGAAACUCCACAAUGGCAGCAACAGCUUCCGCUCCUUCUUGCUGAUCAGUGCUUGCUGGGUUAUCUCCGUGAUACUUGGGGGACUCCCAAUCAUGGGCUGGAACUGCAUCAGCCUCUUGUCCAACUGCUCCACCGUGCUGCCUCUCUACCACAAGCACUAUAUUCUCUUUUGCACCACCGUUUUCACUGGCCUUUUGCUAUCUAUUGUCGUCCUCUAUUGUAGGAUCUACUCCAUGGUGAGGACUAGGAGCCGCAGGCUGACAUUUCGGAAAAACAUUACCAAAGCUACUAGGAGCUCAGAAAAGUCACUAGCGUUGCUCAAGACAGUGAUCAUAGUCCUGAGUGCCUUCAUCGCCUGCUGGGCUCCCUUGUUCAUCCUGCUUUUACUGGAUGUGGGGUGUAAAGUGAAGACCUGCCCAAUCCUCUAUAAAGCAGAGUAUUUCUUAGUACUGGCUGUGCUCAAUUCAGCCACGAACCCUAUCAUCUACACCUUGACAAACAAAGAGAUGCGGAGGGCUUUCAUCAAGAUUCUGUGCUGCUGCAAAUGUCCCCCAGCAGAUUCUGGGACCAAAUUCAAGAGGCCGAUCAUUGGAGGGAUGGAGUUCAGCCGGAGUAAGUCUGACAACUCCUCCCACCCACAGAAGGAAGAAGGCGACCGUCCUGAAACCAUCAUGUCUUCGGGCAAUGUUACCUCAUCUUCUUAGGAGUAACCAUGGGGGUGUAUUUCAGAGCUUUCCUCUGAAAUCGGGGAGCUGAGACGCCUCCUGCUCACGGCAGUAGCGCUGGGCUAAGUGAGCAAGUAGCAUUAGUUCUAAUGAGGCAAACGGUGCACUUGUGAGGCUGGAGUUCAAGAAAUGGGACAGACUGUUCUGGCUCGAAAAUCUUUUUCCCUGGAACAUGUUUUGUCUUUGCACUGAGGCAGCUCAGGAUUGUCAGGCGCAUUCAUAUCCUGAAAUCUCCUUAGUAACUCUGAAAGACUGAUGCCUUGGUGAAAUGAUGCCUGGUGUGUGUGAGAGAAAGAGAGAGGGGGAGGAGGGAGAAUGAAACUUUUUUUUUUUUUUUUCCCAUGUGAGAAGAAUGUGAAGUUAUUUCUCCUUUACUUGCAGCAAACCACUGACACAAAGAUCUUUCUGUACUGAAUUUAGUGGUGGCUCUUGUAUAGUUGGUCAGAAGUGUUCAUUUAGCAUGUAACAAGGAAAGAGAUCACACAAAUAUAACUUACACCAUGUACAACCAUAAUUUGGUGUCACUUUCCAGAGUUUUAAGUCAUAAGGUUUUAUUUGCAGAGUCCAAAGCUGUUGGGGUUUUAUUUAGCAAGGUCAUAGUUGUGAAUUUUUGCUGUCAGUCCGUAUUACAUUUGAAGACCAUGAGCCAGACUCUGCAGUUACUUUCACCUGUACAAUUCUAUUGACUGCAUCAGAUUUUAUGGAGUAGCUCAGAGCAGCAUUUAGCCCCAUACAUUGAUUGCCUUGUUAUUCUAUAGCAUUAAAUAAACUGCAUUAUCAUGACAAAUGCAAGGUAGAACUAAAGGUCAUUUCUCUUUAAGAUGACUGAAAGUAAAUCUAAUAGUAUAAGAUACUAUUGACAACAGCAGGAUUUUUGUCUAAGUAAGAAGAGUUAAACACUGAAGGGGCAUUUCAGUGUCAGGUUCAUAGUCUUUCCAAAGGUAAAGAUCAGUUGGAAAAUCUGAAAAGAGAACCUUGAGUUUCAGAAAAAUAAAAGGAAAGUUGAAGUGAAAUGACUAUAGAUAAAUGCACUUCCAUAACAAAAUGCAAUACAUUUUGGCACAUUUUAUUAAUGUUUAUAAUUUCAGCAAAGAUGUCUGUAUUUUAUCAGUUCAUUGAGAAAGUAUCUGUCAUUAAAUUGAAUGUAUUUGUUUUACAGCAUCAUUUUUACUCCUCUAUUUUUCUAACCUGUGCUAAUGGGGUUGAAUGUGUACAAUGUAAAUAAGUUAAUAAGAUGCAGGAGUCUUCAUGUGCCUAGAGUAUUACUAUAACAAAAGUGGUAUAUCUGGGAUAGCUGAGAGCAACUGAUUGAUUUACAGUUAUUGGCAAUUCCUAGAAGUGGUAUUUUGUAAAGAAAAUUUAUUGCCUUUGUAGUAAAAUUUCCAGUGCAAUUAAACUGUUUUGUUUUGGUUUUUUUUCUGGUUUAAAAAAUAGUAUUUAAAAUGUUUCUGACUUUUAUUGUUCAAUUUGCACAUAGCUUUAUUGACUUCUAAACAUUAAUAAACUGAUUUUUUUUUAAA